CUCUUGCCCCACCUCCCACCACGGGCUCUAGCCAGGAGAGACUCCACAGCCAAUGCAAACGCAGCUGGGCCAGUGGGAUCUAGUUAUUGUGCAAUACAUCGAUACCACAGGAGCCCGUCUCCCCGUCUCCCCAUGAGGCCGCGAGUGAGGGGAGGGUCCAUCUUGAGGCCGCGAGCGAGGGGGGAGGAUCCGUCUUCUUCUUCUGUCUUCCAUCUUCCUCUUCUCCUUUUUUCAACCAAGAACAACCAAGUUUGUGAAGAGUGAAGGGGGUCAUCAUGGUCCGGCGUGUAGCUGUGAUUGGAGCAGGAAGUGGAGGCCUGGCGGCCAUCAAGUGCUGCCUGGAUGAGGGCCUGGAGCCGGUCUGCUUCGAGAGCAGUGACGACAUCGGGGGACUCUGGAGGUUUAAGGAGCAGCCUGAGUCUGGCCAUGGCAGCAUCUACCGCUCCCUGGUCUCCAACACGUCUAAAGAGAUGAUGUGUUUCAGUGACUUCCCCAUGCCUGCCGACUUCCCCAACUACCUGCACAACACCACCCUGCUGCAGUAUUACCUCCUGUACGCAGACCACUUCAAACUGCGCAGCUACAUACACUUCCAGGUCAGAAAUUAUUACACUUUACUACGUUUAGCUGGCUGCAGUGUUUUACAGAGUAUAAGUCCUCAGUUAGAUGUAUUAAGAUGUCAUGUCUUACUUGUCCUACAUCAUGGACUACUUCUCUACGCAGACCACUUCAAACUGCGCAGCUACAUACACUUCCAGACCUCAGUGACGAGUGUGAAGCAGAGGCCAGACUUUGCCCGUACGGGUCAGUGGGAGGUGGUGACUGAGAACAGGGACGGUGAGGAGGAGACACACGUCUUUGACGGGGUACUCGUCUGCUCAGGACACUACACAAAGCCCAUCACUCCUGUGGACUCUUUUAAAGGUGCUGACACGUUCCAGGGGAGCUUCUACCAUAGCUGGCAGUACAAGGAGCCGGAGCCGUUCCGGGGGAAGAGAGUCGUGGUGGUCGGAAUCGGGAACUCAGGAUGCGACAUCGCAGCUGAAAUCAGCAGAUUUGCAGAAAAGACGUUCCUGAGCACCAGGGAGGGUGGCUGGGUGCUGGGCCGCAUGUCUGAUAACGGGCUGCCCCUGGACAUGGUGAUGGUGACCCGCUGGUCGCAGGUGCUGCAGGGGCUGCUGCCCAAAGCGCUGCUCAACUGGGUCACCGAGAGGAGACUCAACCACAAGUACGAUCACCGCCUAUACAGCCUGCAGCCAAAGCACAGGUUCUUUGAGCGUCGACCAAUCAUAAACGACGAGCUGGCGGGCCGCAUCCUGUACGGAGCGCUCGUCAUGAAGCCCAACAUGCGAGAGUUCCGCGGCUCCUCCGUGGUGUUCGAGGACGACAGCCUGGAGCAGAACGUGGACGCGGUCGUCUUCUGCACCGGGUACAGCGCCACGUUCUCCUUCCUGCCCCCGGGGCUGGUGACCGGCACCAGGGGGGGCACCGGGGGGGCCCAGAUCCGCCUCUACAGGCACGUGUUCCCGCCGGCGCUGGAGCGGCCCACGCUGGCCCUGCUGGGCCUCAUCCAGACCGGAGGACCCAUAAUGCCUUGCAUGGAGCUGCAGGCACGCUGGGCCACCAGAGCCAUCGCAGGACUCUGCCAACUUCCUUCCGAAGAGAAAAUGAACGAGGUGAUUGAUGCAGAAAUGCAGCGCUACAUGGGGAGUUACCCCUGCCACGCCGGUGUGCAGGUGCAGUACAUCCCCUACCUAGACGAGCUGGCGGCCGAGAUCAAGGUCAAGCCCCGCCUCCUGCCCCUCCUCUUCGGGGGGGACCCCGCCUUGUUCCUGAGGCUCCUAUUGGGUCCGUGCACCCCUUACCAGUACCGUCUGUUUGGGCCGGGCGCCUGGCACGGGGCCCGCGACGCCAUCCUCACCCAAUGGGACCGGGUAACCAGGCCCAUGAGAACCAGGCCGCUACCCGAACCCGAACCCGAGCGGCGCCCGCCCUGGUGGCUGCCUCUCUCCGGGGGGCUCACCGUCACCGUGGCGCUGGCCGCCGUCCUGGCCCUCCUCCACACCACCACACUGCCACAGCUGCUGGCCGGCCUGGCAGAGGGCAUCGGGGGGCUGCUGGCAGAGGGCAUCGGGGGGCUGCUGGGCGAUGCCCUCGGGGGGCUGCUGGAGGAUGAUGUGUGGAAGGAUGGGAUUGCUCCUUCGCUUUAGGGAGACACAUACAUGAGCUGUUUUUCAUCACUAGCCAAUUUGGCUGGUAGAUGUUCUUUACUAGCCACGCAUACACUCACUACCAGUCAAAGUGGCUAGUAAGUUUGUUUUUCUACCAGCCAAACUAAGUUUUCAGCAGCAUUUGGCCCGUUGGCGGGUGUUAAUUUAGAUCCCUGCUACAGGAAAUGAUGUCACCUUCCUCACCAACUGUAUUCCAAUCGUCACAGCCAUUAAAACCUCAUGAAUGCUUCCCAGAGUGGUGGUUACCAGAUUCACUAUUGUAUUUUUCAUACAGUACAUGUUUCAGACUGUGACUGUUUUAUGCGAAUUCCGUUUCACGGAAUCCUGUGAGAUCAUGCGGCCAGUCAGCCUGGUAGGAAAUUGUUGUGCUUGGAGGAUACAUGCAAGUCAGAAUUGUGAAAUGGAAUAGAUCUGUUUCUCUGUGACAUAAUACAAAACAUUUUAAAUUAUUAAACAGUGCGUUUAUUUUAUUUUUAUACUUUUCCACAUUUAAUUUAUUUCAAUCAAUUUUAAGUCACUUUAUCCGUAAUUAUGAAAUUAUGGAAUAUUUAAAAAGGUACAUUGAUUGAUUCAUGAUGUUUUCCAUGCAACCUCACAAAUGAUCAAAACCAUGACCUUAAAAGGUGUGAUGUUGAUAGUAAAGGUCAUGACCUUUAAGAUGUGAUGAUGAUUGUUACAAGUCUUUCUCUCACUUGAACUCCCACAUCCCAACAUGAUUCAUGCAAACAUACAAGCUAUUAAAUUAAUUUCCUUCAAGGAGAAUGCAUGAAGACCUAGCCAGUGGGCCAAGGUUGUGAUAUGAUCUGUCAGGUUGUAAAGAUUUACAACUAGAAAAGCACACAGAGAGCGCACCUCCACAAUCUGGUGAACAGUAACAGACACGCAGCGCAAAUGAACCAACCAACAGACCAA